UUUUUUAUUUUUUUUUAUUUUUCUUUUUUUCUUCUUGCGUGUCUUUGCCUUCAUUACUGUUUCCUUUUGUUCACGCUCAACAGACGUCAUGCUCAACCUCUCAAAGACCAUGGCCCUGCGCUCUGUCGCCGGUGUCAAAUACUUUCAUGCUGCUGCCGUGCAGAAGGCGACCACUACACUAACCAUGCCUGCACUAUCACCUACCAUGACAGAGGGAACUAUCACUGCAUGGAAGAAGAAGGAGGGCGACGCUGUCACUGCUGGAGAUGUUCUUUUGGAGAUCGAAACUGACAAGGCCGGCAUGGAUGUUGAGGCUGUCGAUGACGGUAUUCUCGCCAAGAUCUUGCACCCAGAUGGAUCUAAGGUUUCUGUCAAUGAGAUUAUCGCGCUGUUAGCAGAGGAAGGCGAUGAUCUAUCUAAAGUUGAAGUUCCCAAGACCAAGGCCAAAGCAAAGGCUGAUACUGCGCCUGCUAAGGAGGAGAAGGAGGAGAAAAAAGAAAAAGCACCAGCCACCAAGCAACAAGAAUCUCAGCAAGUUCAGCAAGCUCAGCAAACAUCCUCAGCUCCAUCAUCAAAUCUUCUCUCCCCUGCUGUAGCCCAUUUGCUCCUUCAAAACCAUAUAACUGAUGUCACAAAAAUCCCUUCGACCGGACCCAAAGGACGCGUGUUGAAGGGUGAUGUGCUUGCUUUCCUGGGCAAGAUCAAGCCUAGACCUGCGCCUGAGCCCACUAUCCCUCAACCAAAGACUCUUCCUCCAGCCUCAAAACCCGCCCCUGCUUCCGCCCCAGCCAGCCCCUCGAAGACAUCUGAAUCCAGCUUCACUGACUCCUCUGUUUCUAAUAUGCGCAAGGUCAUUGCGUCCCGGUUGAGCGAAUCCAAGUCCACUGUGCCUCAUUCCUAUGUUACGCGCGAUAUUGUUAUCGAUAACAUGAUGAAGUUGCGUCGUCUUCUGGCUGAUGAACUUGAUGUCAAAGUCUCUGUUAAUGAUUUCUUGAUCAAGGCUGCUUCUUUGGCUCUGCGUGAUGUGCCGGAAUCGAAUGUUCAGUUUACAACUGGCGACAACGCAAAGCAGCUGAAAGACAUCGAUAUUUCUGUUGCGGUUGCUACACCCACAGGAUUGAUCACUCCUAUCGUCAAGGGCGCUGAUUCGCGCGGUGUCCAGUCAGUCUCUUUGGUCGUAAAGGAGCUGGCUGAGAAGGCAAAGAAAAACAAGCUCAAGCCUGAAGAAUAUCAAGGCGGGUCUUUCAGUAUCUCCAACUUGGGAAUGUUUGGUGUCAGCAACUUUACCGCCAUUAUUAACCCUCCUCAGGCCUGUAUCUUGGCUGUUGGUGGUGCACGCACAGUGUUCAAGCCUGCAGCUGUUGAAGAGACAACUGAGCUCCUGAGCGACUCGGAAGUUUUUGAAUUCUUGGGAGGACAGGGAGGUAGCAAAAAGAGUACACCAACGUCAGCAUCAGUGUCAGCAUUAGGAUCAACAGCAUCCAAGAAAGCCAAGGAUGAUCUUGACCUCAUUGACUUUUUGGGCGGAAAUGCGCCUUUGAAGAAAAAGUCAACCUCAACAUCUGAGUCCGCAUUAGGGGACGAGGUCCUGCGUCGUUUGCGCCCAUCGCUGGAGCAGUCGCAGGUCGUUAGUGUGACUUUGAGUAUUGACGAGCGUGUUGUUGACAAUGAGGUUGCUGGCCGUUUCUUGGGGCGUUUGUCACAUUAUGUUGAAAACCCCGAAAGCAUGAUCCUAUAAAAAAAAGAAAAUAAUAAUAAUAAAAAAAAUAAAAGGGCAGAGAGAAGAAGGGGAAAAAACCCUCUUUAGACGAUUGAUCAACAAUCAGGGGAGAAGAGUCAAAAAGGAUUUGAGUAUUAAUAUCACCGGAAAUCAAAUUUAGAGAAUAAAGCAAAAAAAAUUGUCCGGCCCG